CAUCAUCUUCCCCUUCCUCUUCUUCUCCUUCUUCAUCAUCAUCAUCAUUAAUAGACUAUCUCUCAUUCCCCUUUCUUCUCCUUCUUCUUCUUCUUCUCACCUUGGUGUCACGAAAUCUGAGAUCUUUCUCUUUUUUUCCAGUGGAGAAGAAAUCCUUUCGCUAUUGUCCAUUUCCGCGAGACCCGUCUUUUCAAGCUUCGAUUUGGUUGAAGGAAACUUUGAAUCGAACAGUUUAGGUUGUUUGGUGGGUAGAAUAAGGCCAAAAGAGCUCAGUACUUCGUUCUUCUUGUCCCUCUCCAAACUUGUCUUGUCGUAAAACGCAGCCGGGAAAAAAAAUGCCGGUGAGACAAAUGAAAGACGGCUCCGACCAGCACAUAGUGGUCAGAACGCAUCUGCACAACUCCCUUUCCCAACCCUUGAAGCAGCAUAAUCCUAAGAUCGUGCAAAACGGUAAAGGAACACCGCAGACGCCGUCGUCUCCGGCGGAGGAGAAUGCCCAAAACCCUAAAUCCCAUAGCCAAGCCUCUUCUUCUCCGCCGACGAGGAACCGUGGCCGGAGAAGGAACAGAGGCGGUCGGAAAUCCGACCAAGGGGACGUGUGUAUGAGGCCGUGUUCUCGGCCUCGUAAGCCUCCUUACCAAACAGCCGGCGAGAUCAUGUCUGUUCAUCAGAAUGGUUCGGUUGGUCACUGCGGCAACAAUGGCGGCCCAAUGAUGGAGGUCGGUUUCCCCAGUUCGAGCAAAAGCUCGAGGUUUGCGCCGAGGCCUGGGUACGGACAACUUGGGACGAAAUGCAUUGUCAAGGCCAACCAUUUCUUCACCGAGUUACCAGACAAGGAUUUGAACCAGUAUGAUGUCACAAUAACUCCUGAAGUGUCAUCAAGAACUGUAAACAGAGCUAUAAUGGCGGAGUUAGUUAGAUUGUAUAAAGAGUCAGACCUCGGGAUGAGACUCCCUGCUUAUGAUGGCCGUAAGAGCCUUUACACUGCUGGCGAGCUCCCCUUUGCUUGGAAAGAGUUCACCGUUAAGAUCGCUGAUGAAGACGACGGUAUCAGUAACGGCCCUAAAAGGGAAAGGGAGUAUAAGGUUACUAUCAAGUUUGUUGCUCGAGCAAACAUGCACCAUUUGGCAGAGUUUCUUGCCGGAAAACGUGCAGAUGGCCCGCAAGAGGCUUUGCAGAUCUUGGAUAUUGUACUCAGAGAGCUGUCCAUGAAGAGGUUUUGCCCGAUUGGAAGAUCCUUCUUUUCUCCCGAUAUUAGAACCCCGCAGCGGCUUGGUGACGGGUUAGAGUCUUGGUGUGGAUUCUACCAGAGCAUCAGGCCUACCCAGAUGGGAUUAUCGUUAAAUAUCGAUAUGGCUUCGGCUGCUUUCAUCGAGCCUCUUCCAGUGAUCGAGUUUGUGGCCCAGCUUUUGGGAAAGGACGCCUUAUCGAGGCCAUUGUCUGAUUCUGACCGUGUUAAGAUUAAGAAGGCAAUGAGGGGAGUGAAAGUCGAGGUUACUCACAGAGCAAACGUAAGAAGGAAGUAUCGUGUCUCGGGGUUGACUACUCAGCCGACAAGAGAACUGAUGUUUCCGGUUGAUGAGAACUGCACGAUGAAGUCAGUCGUUGAGUACUUCCAAGAGAUGUACGGCUUCACGAUACAGCACACUCACUUGCCGUGUCUUCAAGUAGGAAAUCAAAAGAAGGCCAACUAUUUACCGAUGGAGGCAUGCAAAAUCGUUGAAGGACAAAGGUACACGAAAAGGUUGAACGAGAAACAGAUUACAGCUCUCUUGAAAGUUACAUGCCAGAGGCCUCGAGAUAGAGAAAUGGAUAUCUUAAAGACUGUCCGGCACAAUGCAUAUGAUCAAGAUCCGUAUGCAAAGGAGUUUGGUGUCAAGAUAACCGAAAAGUUAGCUUCAGUUGAAGCUAGGAUUCUUCCAGCUCCAUGGCUAAAAUAUCAUGAGACUGGGAAGGAAAAGGAUUGCCUGCCACAAGUCGGUCAGUGGAACAUGAUGAACAAGAAAAUGAUCAACGGGAUGACUGUGAGCAGAUGGGUGUGUAUAAACUUCUCACGCAGUGUGCAAGAAAGUGUCGCUCGUGGAUUCUGCAAUGAACUUGUUCAAAUGUGCCAAAUCUCGGGCAUGGAAUUCAAUCCAGAACCCGUGAUCCCGAUAUACAGCGCCAGGCCUGACCAAGUGGAGAAAGCUCUGAAACAUGUUUAUCACACCGCAAUGAACAAAACCAAGGGAAAAGAGCUCGAGCUUCUCUUGGCAAUUUUACCCGAUAAUAACGGUUCACUUUACGGGGACCUUAAGAGAAUAUGCGAAACUGAGCUCGGGUUAAUAUCUCAGUGCUGUCUAACAAAGCAUGUAUUUAAGAUUAGCAAACAAUAUCUGGCUAACGUGUCGCUUAAAAUCAACGUUAAGAUGGGUGGCAGAAACACCGUGCUUUUGGACGCCAUAAGCUGUAGGAUUCCUCUGGUUAGCGACAUACCCACGAUUAUAUUUGGGGCUGAUGUGACUCACCCCGAGAACGGGGAAGACUCCAGCCCGUCUAUAGCCGCAGUUGUCGCUUCUCAGGAUUGGCCUGAAGUCACAAAAUAUGCUGGUUUGGUGUGUGCUCAGGCUCAUAGACAGGAACUUAUACAAGACUUGUACAAAACAUGGCAAGAUCCUGUCCGUGGCACCGUUAGUGGCGGUAUGAUUAGGGAUCUUCUGAUUUCGUUCAGGAAGGCAACCGGGCAGAAACCACUUAGGAUUAUAUUUUACAGGGACGGAGUAAGCGAAGGGCAAUUCUAUCAAGUUUUACUAUACGAGUUGGAUGCAAUUCGGAAGGCUUGUGCUUCUCUCGAACCGAAUUACCAGCCACCCGUGACGUUCAUCGUUGUACAAAAACGGCAUCACACCCGACUGUUUGCUAAUAAUCACAGAGACAAAAGCAGCACAGACAGGAGCGGAAACAUCUUACCCGGAACGGUGGUCGAUACCAAGAUAUGCCAUCCAACGGAAUUCGACUUUUACCUCUGCAGCCAUGCCGGAAUUCAGGGAACAAGCCGGCCGGCUCAUUACCACGUCCUUUGGGACGAGAACAACUUCACAGCCGAUUCCAUUCAGUCUCUUACGAAUAAUCUUUGCUAUACCUACGCAAGGUGCACUCGUUCCGUCUCCGUCGUUCCUCCAGCAUAUUACGCGCAUCUGGCGGCGUUCAGGGCGCGGUUCUACAUGGAGCCGGAGAUGAGGGAAAACGGGUCGUCGGCCGGAAUGAAGAACGUGAAAGCUACGAUCGGGGGCGAGUCGGGAGGUGGCGUUCGGCCAUUACCGGCAUUGAAGGAGAACGUGAAGAGAGUGAUGUUCUACUGCUAAAAGGAGAAACCUAAUCAAGAAUCUUGACGUAGCAGAAGCAGAAGAAGCGGUGUUGGUCUUUAGGACUGGGUGUAGGGUUUAGUUGUGUUGUUUCUCUGUAAAUCCCAAGUUGGUUUGAAGGGUUUUUAGAGUUGGUGGUUAAGCUCAGUCGUCAUUAAGGAGGGAGAGAGAGAGAGAGACGACGCCAUUGAUAGAGGAACUUGUAAGGUGGCCCUUUUGUAAAGAUGACUUCUCUUAGGAAUCCUUUGCUUUUUUACUUCGGCAUAUUCUUCUUCA